CUAAAACUGCUGAUACAGUGAGCUAUAAUAAACCUGUUCUUGUUUAAGUUGAACAAAAGCCAGGAUGGAUGUUCAAACAUGGCAUUUGAGAGCUUCAAAGCUGGCUAUAGCCCUGGCAAUUAUUCGCUCCAAGCCAGCAGACAAAAGCAGUAGAGAAUACACAGAGCACCUCGCAACACUGGUGUCUGAGCAGGAUUCAAACUGCAGAUCAAAAGUUGAAGCCUUGGAAGCUGAAGUUCUGCAACUGCGUCAAGAAGUUUUUCUGAGCAAGAUUUGUUCAAGAUUGUUUAAGAGUGGAAACCUGACUUCCCAGGAACAUAAAAGCUCUGAAAAUACAUUAACACUGAUGGAAGAUUCUGGGUAUGAUUUAUCAAGUGAGGGGGAAACAGAACUUUCAGAGUUAUCCCAGCGCUUUGUGGAGAACCACAGUGCCCCACCCUUUCCACCACUGCCUCUUGUGAAAAAAGCCCAGGCUACUCCAGAAAGUCCUCUGUCUUCUCACAUGAAAUUCUUGCAACAUCUGCUUUCACUAAAGAAUUUGACUGAAUCAGGUAGUCUGGUGUUGACAGACAUAACCUAUUCAGAAAAGGACUCUUCCACUGUCUCUGAUUCUGUUUCUCGGAUGCUUGACGGCCUGAUCACAUUUUACCGUGACCCCAAACUUCCUUUUUCAAAGUUUUGGACAGAAGCUGUUGAUACUUUAGCAAGACUGAUCAAUGAUUGUAACUUCUCUAACCAUAUUUUGAAAACAUGUUCUAAGAAGUUGGAAGAAUUUGAAAAUACCCUACUACAGGUUCUUAUAGGGAGAAGCCAUAUAAACCGGUUUCAGGAGCAGCAUUAUGUUUCUCAUACUCUGGUAACCCUAGGAAGUUGCAGCUUGUUGAGAAAGUCUGUUAUAUCUCUGCUUCUAUCAGAAAUAAACUGCUUUGUUGAUGAUCUGAGAGCCAUCGAUCAGGUACAAGCAAGUUAUGAUGUGACACGCUAUGAAAAUGUUUUCUCCUUAUUGUGGGUUUUGGAACAGCUUCUUCAAAAGGAAAACAGAGAAGAGUGCACUUCAAGUACAGGGCAUGGUGACCAAGAAAUCAAGAAAUACCUCCAGAAGCACGAGGAAGCUAUCUUUCAGCUUUCUGAUACAUUUCCAUUACUUACUUUUUAUUUAUGGAGACUGGGCAUUCUCUUAAGCUCAGCAGAGACAGAAACUGUUGAUAAUGCCUCACUUUCUUAGAAUUUCACCAAAUAUUAGAAGAUCUCAUACUUAAUUUUUUUCAAGAAUAUUUUUAAGUGAGCUUUGUUAAAUUGAUCUCUAAUUAUAAUCAUUAAUUCAAUUUACUGGUUAGUCUGAAAUUGUAUAAGGAGCUUUAUGGGCAUUUUUCUAUAUAAAAGUCAGUCAGUUUCAGCUGAGGAGGCCCUUCUUAUUCCUAUGUAAUUGUACAAUGCAAAAUGUGAUUCAGCAUAGUGAAGAUCUAUUCAUUAUAGCACGCAUUCCAAUUGUGAGAGAUAUCCGUGUAAUCGAUGAUAAAUGGUAACAAAGAUUUUAAAGUUUUAUCAACACAAAGUGUUGGUUAUAAAGGCAGGUUUUAAAACAUUUUCUUACAUAGCUGCACCUAGAUCAUAUUCACACUAGGGCAUAUUAGACAGAAGGGAAAAAGUUUUUAAUAUUUGGAAACCUAAUGGGUUUAGUUUUAUAUAAUCAAUAUACUUGCCAAGACUUUCUUUUAAGUGUUCAAUGUUUGUUUUUCAACAGUGAUUUAGGAGCUCCAAUGGCACGAUACAUUAGCACGCAGUACUUACACAACAGAGAUUUGCUCUGCUUCCAGUGAUUGAAUAUGUUAUAAUAUCCCUCAAAAGGUAGUACAAUUAAAUCAUUAGGAAUACUUUUAUAAAGUUAUAACACUGUCUGGAAAUUCAUUUAUUACUCAUUAAAAAUAUUGGUUAUUCUGCCUGGUAAGCACAAAGUCCUGAGUUCAAUUCCCCAUACCAAAAAAAAAAUAUGUUGGUUAUUUCCAUUUACACAGUUUCAUUGUCUUAAUCUUGAUUGUUAAAACUAUAGUAAACUUAAUGAGCACAAUUUUUUAGUUUCCACUGGUGUAGUUUAAGGUAUACCAAAUGUAAAUUUGCCUUAUUAACCAAGUAUGUUAUUGUUUUAUAAAUUAAUUAUCAUCCUUUAAUGCCAUGAUAAUGGAAAAAGUAAACCUUACUGAUUUCUUCUACAAUAUAUAUAAAAUUAAAUCAUCUGUUACAGUUACCUUUGGAUUUAUUUCUUGCUUUCUUAAAAAGAUAUGGCCUUGGGUUGCGUACAUAGCUCAGUAGUAGAACACAUACUUAGCAUUCACCCACAAAAGAAAAGUAAACAUUUUCUUUUGUCAUCUGAAAGUCAGUGUAUGUCAGUCAGCUAGUGCUAUGUAACCAAUAACCACCAAAUCUCAGGGGUGUAGAAUAAUAAACCUUUCUGUAUACAUCCAUGUCACUUGAGGAUUAGCUGACUUGAGCAAUGUCCCACUGUUGCACCUUAAGCAUAGUACAUCAAGCAAUGAAGCCCAAAAAAGGUGCAGGAGACAGUCCACAUGCACAGGGAGCCCUGCUGCAAAGUUGCAUGUCCAAGGCCAGGGCUAGAGAGGGACACUGGAAGCCAGUAAGUUCUUCUGCCACAAAUAUGUGCUGAACAAAAGAAAGGUGUCAUGCAUCUUCGAUUAGGAAGGCAUUUUCUGUUGAUUCCUGUGAUCACCUCUCAAGCUUCUACAGAUUGCUUCCAUUGAUGACAGUACAGAAGAUGUGCUCAUAAGUGUUCUGUCCUCUCUCUUCCCUGAUGAGGAAAUGAGAGUGUCAAAUAUAUGUUCACAAGCAUCACAAAGACCCUUUAUCCACAGCAGCCAGCAGAAUAAUGAGCAGAUGCAGAGUUUUUGUCACUAGAAUAAAUUUCUUAAUUCCAGUGGUAUAGAAAGUCUGAAACUUAGGCCAAGAAAGUUAUUUAUUGUGGAAGAUGAGAUAAUUUUGAGAUAAUUGUAAGAAUACAAUUUUAUUUUGAGAUAAUUAUAAGAGUACAAAUGGAAUAACAAUUAGUUUCUAUUUGGUUUUCUUUUUAUGUAAAAACUUAACUUUAAUCAAGUGUGAUCCCUUCCAUAUUUUGUUUCAGUCCCUGUCAGAAUUAACUGCAGGAAAUUUAGUAAUUGAGGUCUGAAUCUGUUAGUGAAAAAGACAAAAUGAAACAUGUAUCUGUGUGGUUCAA